ACUGGCCAGCAUGUGUUUCUUCGCUGUCUUUUGUAUACAGAUACUUUCCUCUUUAACAAUGGAUGAAACAAACUUUGUAGGCUGAAUAAACUCAAACAUAGAGCAUUUACCUAUUCCUCAUACAGAAAAGAAAGAGCCAUUUCCCGUUACCCUGUCCAGCUUUACACGCGUUAAUGGUUUUUCUUUUAACGUUACAGGCCACUUGCUGCGUUUUCUGACAUCCUGUUAACAAUGGAGCUGGAGGGGCAAUGGUGGAAAGGACAGCUGGCUGCAGACAUAUACCAAGCUCUUCGUUACAAAGAGCUGAAAAUGCCGUCCUACAAAGGCCAGUCACCUCAGCUGAACCUGAGACGCUAUUUCGCAGACCUAAUUGCCAUUGUUAGCAAUCGCUUCAGGCUCUGUCCACCAGCCAGGCACCUUGCUGUCUACCUACUGGACCUAUUCAUGGACCGAUAUGACAUCUCAGUCCAACAGCUUCACGUGGUGGCCCUUUCCUGUCUGCUGUUAGCAAGUAAAUUUGAAGACAAAGAGGAUCGCGUGCCAAAACUUGAACAACUCAAUAGCCUGGGAUGCAUGACCAACAUGAAUUUGGUGUUGACCAAACAAAGCCUGUUACACAUGGAGCUGUUGCUGCUGGAGACAUUUCAAUGGAACCUGUAUCUGCCAACUGCUGCCCACUUUAUUGACUACUACUUAUCGAUUGCUGUUCACGAGACUGAUCUCCACGAAGGCUGGCCCAUGGCUUGUUCGGAGAAAACAAGAUUAUACAUGGCAAAAUAUGCUGAUUAUUUCCUGGAAGUGUCAUUGCAAGAUCAUGUGUUCUUAAACUAUUCUCCUUCGCUAGUCUCUGCUGCGUGUAUAGCUUCCUCUAGAGUUAUACUUCGGCUUUCACCUACGUGGCCAACUCGACUGCAUCGCCUUUCAGCUUACUCUUGGGAUCUUCUUAUACCGUGUGUGGAGCGUCUGUUACUUGCACAUGAUAAUGACGUCAAAGAAGCGAACAAGCAAAAAUGCCAACAGCCAAGUCCCCAGUCUGGUCAGACUGUGUACCAGACACACACCCAGCUGAAUGCACUGCCUCAGAUACAGCCGCAUGUCUCACCGUUCCUGCGCCAGCAGCAGCUUCCAUAUCCACAGCAGAACUGCCAACCAAUCCUUUCAACUGGACAUAUGCCAUCAUACACAAUACGGUCCCAUCCUUCGAGUUUACAAGCCAGCAUUCAUCCUCAUGGGCAUGUACAAGCAGUAGCUGGCAUGACGCUCCAAAACUCGCUGGAUGUGAAGGUCAGUGCCCCCUACAACAGGGGCUUCCAAGUAAAUGGACACUACACCUGUGCAGCACCUUGCUUUGACAGGUGAUCAAUGGCUCUCCUACAAAGACACCAUAAAGGGGAGGAGAUGGGGCAGAUGAAGUAAGUGAUGCCAUUUUUUGAUAAAUAAUUUUUUUCCAAGAAUAUUUGGGGAGGAUGUUGAAGCCAAACUAAGGAUGGCUUUGCUUGAACUGUGAUCUAGUUAAUGCAACUGUAAGAAUGUUACCAAACAGAUUUUUUUUUCUUUGAGAAAAACAUCCAAAUUCUUGAGCACUGUAUUUUUUUCCCAUGGAGUAAGAAGUUAAUUUGAACAGUUUGUGCAAUAUUCCUAAAGUAUUUGAAUUAUGGAUUAUAAGCUAUAUUCUUUUUAUUUCUCCAAUGUAAGCAAUAACGUGCCUCAGACCUUUUUUUAACAGGGAUUAUACAAUUUUAAAAUGAAUGUCUGCAGAUUGAGAUUGGGGAAACAUAUUGGUUCAGGCAUUAUACUGUAAAUGGCUAUCCAAGUUUUGAAAAAUGUGAAUGUUGAAUAAGGUGUUUAGGUUGAAAAUAUGGUCUACCAGUCUUUAGAUGUAUUAGUUUCUAAAAAGCAACUUGCGCAGUGACAUCAAAAUAGGUCCUCAUAACCAAAAGUUGUGUUCAUUAAAGAAGCUACCUCAAUACACCAAUGAAUAUAGGGCUUUUGAAAAAAUGUCCUGUUUUUGGAUUCAGUAUUGGUAUGUGUAUUUAUUGUUUCUUCUUUUCUUGAAGUUUAGGUGUUAAUACAACCUUGCCUUUUAUGUUUCGGCUUUCAUUAGGAGUUUUUUGCUACAUGUAAGUAUAGCACCAGGAUUACUUUUUUUUAAAUACAGUUUAGACAUACUUGUAGACUUUGCCUUACAAAAACACUACCUCUACAAUGACGCUAAUUUUUGUCUGUACUAAAAUUUUUUUUUUUUUGUGCAAUUUAGAAGAAACAAUUUGUUAAAUGUAUUUAUGCACCAUAUGUCUAUAUUAACAACACUGUAUCUGUGGUUUCUGAUGAAAAAUCCAAGAGUUUCAAGUUUUUGUACAUGCAUGUUUCUGAACAUGGACA